GUCAGUAGAAAUGGAGUUCCCAGAACAUGGUCAGCAGCUCUUGGCCAGCCUGCGCUCUCAGCGUCUGCAAGGUUUCCUAUGUGACUGCACCGUGCAGGUCGGCCCGACUCGUUUUGGAGCCCACCGUGCCGUGUUGGCCUCUUUCUCCCCUUUCUUCCAUAUGUUUUACUCAGAUCAGUCAAUAGGAAAUACCAGCACAGUCAACGGAGGGCCACAGAGAGACACAGUCACUAUUAAUGGAGAUAUCGUGACCCCUCAAGCCUUUGGACUCCUUCUUGAUUUCAUGUAUGAAGGAGUACUGCAAUUAGCAACCCACCCCCCUCCUGAGGACGUGCUCGCCGCAGCCAGCUUCUUACAUAUGAAUGAUGUGGUGCGAGUUUGUAAGAGAAGACUUCAGGGUCGAGGAUUGGCUGAGGCGGAUAGCACAAGAGUAGAAGUUGGAGCAAAUGAGUCUGCUAAACCUGGAGGUCUUGAUGGCUCGCCUAGAAAAGACGUACCUGGCGCAGAAACAGGAAGAGAUGGAGGACUAGAACAUUGUCAUCAGUCGAGCCAACAAAUGUCACUUUAUAUCAAUACCAAGACUGAAACACAAGCAGGGAUGGCUAACCUCCUCACACACAGUGUGGAGAGGUCAGAGAUGGCAGACACCACCCAACCAGGAAUGGACUCGCUACCAGCUGUUAGUAAUUCUUGUUCAGGACCAUCCACAUAUUGUUCAUCGCCUAGACCUGACAAAACAAGAAUAUCGGCACGGUCUGCUAGCCUUGAGUCUGCACUUUCAAGUCCGUGUAGUACAACAGAACUAAUUCAGACAGAGACUCAACCUGUUGUAGCCACUGCCGUGGCUCUGAGCAGUGUGGACAACACCAGCGCUGCCCAAGAACAUGAACCUAGUGUUUUCAUGCCGACUCAAAUACUUAAACCCCAAGUCCAAAAUAAAAGUUCUGGGAAUCCAGGGUCAUCACAGCACACUCAGAGCCAAAACGAAAGGAGACAUGAGAACACUUCGUCCAAUACAAGUAGCAUGCAAAAUAAGCGUAAACUUUUGCAAAACUUUAGGGGAGGAAGUCUUUCACAAACUUCAGGGGAGGAAAAUGAAGAGAGCUUUGAAGUGAAAGUAGAGGCCAUUGUGAUUUCUGAUGAAGAGUCUGAUGACACAGACGAGACGGUGGUCAUGGAUAAUGGCCCACGAAAAAAUGAAGAUUUAGACGAUGGGGAUGAUUAUGACGACAGCAACCAUGAUGUCGAGGAGCUCACUGAUACUCAAUUUAUAACAGCACACCCAUUAAUUCAUCUUCCCCAUCAAGAACCCAUUUCUUUCCCUCCUUCACCGCAAGGUCUAAAUCCUUCUGCAGCCGAAACCGCUGGCUUUCCGUCAUCCCUUUUUCCUGCCAAUUCCCACCCGGAGCAACAGACCAUGUACCUCGAGGAUUUUCACGACUCCCUUGGGAGUUACAUGGAGGAUGUGCCUACUUGUAUCACUUGCGGAAAGACCUUUUCCUGUGCUUACACCCUGAGGAGACACGCCAUUGUGCACACCAGGGAACGGCCGUAUGAGUGCAGCUACUGUUACCGCAGUUACACACAGUCUGGAGACUUGUACAGGCACAUCAGAAAGGCACAUGAUCACGACCUGCCAGUCAAACGCAGCAGAGUUGAGUCGGACCCUCCACCAUCACCGCCUCCUCCUCCUCCUCCUCCUCCUCCCCAGACGUAGCCAUUGAUUGUGGUCCAAUCUUCUUAACUGGUCAUUUAGAAAAUUACACAAAAUCCUGCUGAAGGCUUUUGCAAAUGUCACAAAAACAUAAAUUGCCACGUCUAUACAUUUGUGGCUCAUCCUUCAAAACAGUAAACGCUUUGGAAAGGAUUCCACCUGACUGCUUCCAUGCCAUAUACAAACAAACAAUGUAACACAAACAAGGUUUUUGUUGUUAAUUCACUAGUUAUACAUGUCCUUGAUAUUUGUAUUGUUGCACAACCUGGUUUUAAUCUUCAUUGGUAAAUUGUUUUUAUAAAAAGAAAAGUAAAUUCAACUUGACCAAGAUUGGUUCCAGCACACAGACCUAGUAUAUUGAAACCUUUUAAUAGUUAAUUGCCAUUCAUGAUGGUGUUUUGCAUUUUAAAAUGUUUUUUUUUUUUUGUCUCUUAGGGUGUACUGUAGCUGGUAUAUCAAGAAAUAAGCAUUAAAGUCCCCCUAUUAUGCUUUUCGAAUAUUACUUUACCAGUUUCACUUCCUGUUAUAUACCUAUGUAACAAUGUAACAUAUUUUGCAUAAUGCCAGCCUAUGGUCUUCAUUGGCUGCCUGUGAACGACAUCUACUUUGUCCUGCCCUCCAACACUGUAGUUGUAGCUGAGGCCUGGAAAAGUUUGGUUCGUGUUGUCGACAUAUCGAGAAGACGCUGUUUUCAGCUCUGCAAAUCCACUUUACAUGCACUUCAAAAGGAUCAGGACUCACGCUGGAACUGAUACAGACAAACCUAUGCCAUUGUUCGUAUCACUGUGUAUCAAGCCCUGAGGAAGCCCUGAAAUUAGGAUAUGGUAAUAGGCAUUUUGUUUCUGAUAUGCGCUGUAAGUGGUAGACCAAUCACAACAGACUGGGCCGUCUGGCCAAUCAGCAGAGUAGGCUUGUGGAAAGGAGGGGUUUAGAGAGACUGAAUCUUCGAUCGAACUAUUUUCAGACUCUUUGAGAAAUGAGGUGAUGUGCAACGCAUAUUAUAAGAAAAUGAAAGUGUUUUUUGACCUUGGAUGCAUGUAAAUCUAUUGUAGGAGACCUCCAAAACAAAUUAGGAACCUUUAAAAUAGCAUAAUAGGGGCACUUUGAGAUCCAUUAGAGCAGAUAAAUGACUAUCUCACUACAAGGAAGAGUUUUUCUGUGUAUGUGUUCUGUGCAUUUUUGUGUUAGAGUGAAAGAUGGUGAAACAUUUCUUACAGGUACAAUAAAUUAAAACCAGCUUUUGG